AGCAUCGAUCAAAUACUCAGUAAGCGACGGACGGAGCUCACGAUCGGUUCACACUACAAAAGCUCUCUAAAAUAUUCGGAAUAAAAAUAAUCAAAGCAACCGCUUGCUUCUACUUGUAGUGUUUUUCAAAAGUUAGCUUAGAUCAUUCAUGUGCUGAUAACCGAAAAACAAGCCGUUUUCGUUAGUAAGACGAUCCUGGAUCGGAUUAACAUGAAGCUGUUCAUAGUGCUGUGUGCUUUCAUUGCACUCGGUUCUGCUCAAAGGAAUAACUUCAAGAAUCGCAGUCCUCAAAAAGCUUCCGAACAGUUCUACGAUGAACGAAGUUGCGAGUUUAGAAACAACAAUCCAUUCGGAUGCGUGUGUGAGCAACUAAAUAUCGACACCCCUUGCGAUAAGGAACUGCAAGAGUUCUUGGGCAGCAAUCCGAACCUGAAGCUGUGCAAAGACAGCACGCCAUAUUACUUCGGCAACGCUCAGAAAUGCAAAUACGAUGUCGACCACGAACGCGACAGCAAUCCGACCGGCAAAGCGAUGCAAUUCGCGCUAGAUCUGUUCCGGCAGGCAGAUCCUAGGGAUCCGACGAAGAACUUUGUGAUCAGUCCGCUUUCGCCUCAGAUACUGCUGGCUCAGCUUAUCGACGGAUGUUCCGAGGACGCCAGGCUGGAGCUGAUCCGUGGCGUUCGACUCAACUCGCGUGAAAUGAAAUCGCUGGUGGAUGCGCUGAAGGGCGCUGCCAGCAAGGAUGACAGCUACAACAAGCUGGACAUUGCAUCGGUGAUGUUCAAAUCGCCCAGCAUGCAGCUGACGUCUGACUUCAACGUUGCGCGCAAAAACAACGAAAUGAAGCUGGAGGAGGUGAGCUUCAACGAAACUCAACUGGCGGUUAAGCGAAUCAACGACUGGGUGAAUCAUCAAACCCGAGGAAACAUCAAGCAAAUCGUCAGUGAACAAAACCUCGCCCCUGAUACGAUGAUGAUGCUACUGAACGCCAUCUACUUCAAAGGAACGUGGCGGUACAAAUUCAACGAAUCUAUAACCGACAAGCGAGGUGAUUUCGAAUCACAGCCCGGAAAUAGAAUGGCAGCCCACAUGAUGGGACAGGUUAACAAACUACGUUUCGGCGAUAUCACCUUCGAUCCGGAGUCCGACGAAGAAAACGGCUUCCGCUGGGUCGAGCUGCCCUACGAAGGUGAUCAGCUGUCGAUGAUUGUGUUCUUACCGAAAAAAAAGUUCGCCCUCGAUGAAUACAUUCCGCAGCUGACCGGCGAGCAUCUCCAGUCGGUGUUCAAGACAAUCUCCAGGGAUUUCAACCCGGUCAGAAUCCAUUUGAAACUUCCCAAAUUCACUAUCAAGGAUACAGUUUCACUUGUGGAACCUCUUAAGAAGCUCGGCGUCAACAAGAUCUUCGACGAUUCAAAUGCCCUGUCCAAGAUGUCCAAAACACCGGCCAAGGUAGGUGAUGUGAAGCAGGACUCGUUCCUGAGCGUCGAUGAACAAGGUACAACUGCAACGGCUGCAACCAGGGUGACGAUCAUUCCGCUCAGCCUGAACCCGUACGAAGAUAUUCACUUUGUUGCCAACCAUCCGUUCAUGCUGAUGCUGGUGGACAAAACUAGUCAGAUUCCGCUGUUUAUGGCCAACGUGAGGAAACCUUUUAGUCCCAAGAAAGGCGGUCGCGUCUAAACUGCUCCGGCACGUUCGGAAUGGUUGAAGUGGUAGUUCUGUUUUACUCAAAUACAUGACCUUAUACGUAUAAUCCA